UCCCAGGAGCAUUCGUGCUGCUGCAACACUUUUUUAAAAAAUGCAUUUUAGAGAGAGAAAGAGAAUCAUCAACUUCUUAUUUCACUUAUUUAUUCAUUCAUUGGUUGACUCUCCUAUGUUCCCCUACCGCGGGGAUGGUGGCUUAUGGAAGAAGAUGCCUUAACCAAGGGCAAGACAGGGCCAGGGCUGCUGCCUCAACUCAUUUAAUCCCCAUAGUGCGCCAGUGGGACCCUAAUACCCUGAACAGCGGAAGAAACUACAUUACCCAGAGCCCAACGGGCCCAAUGUGGGAGGGUUGGUCCGUGAAAGCCCCAAGCCCGCAUUGCCACGCUGAGCCUGAGGUUGCUGCGUGACACACGCCACAGGCUUCCACCGCUUGGCGGUCAUUUUGGCUUCUCUGCUGGGCUCACGGAGUGAGAGCCUUCAAAGUCCAGGUCGCCACUGAGGAAGCACUAGAGGAGUGGUCCCCGCUGUGCAGGGAGGGGUGCGUCCGAAGCUUGACCACUGGCAUCGGGCCGAACUGGGGCCUCAGAGCCUCGCAGCCUCCACUCAGCCCACAGAGUCCGCUGGCCUCGGCCGCCCUGAGGCUCCCAGCUGAGGAUAUGAAGUUUGAGGACGUGGCCAUUGCCUUCUCCCAAGAGGAGUGGGGGCUCCUUGAUGAGGCUCAGAGACUUCUGUACUGCGAUGUGAUGUGGGAAAUCUUCAACCUUGUAACAUCUGUUGGUUGUUUGCAUAAAAUGGAAGGCGAUGAGAUCCCUUCUGAGCAGAGUGUAUCUAUAGAUGGAGAAUCACAGGUCAGUUCUUCUAAGAUAGUGCCUGCAACUCAGAAGACCCAUCCCUGUGAGCAGUGUGUCUCAGUCUUGAAAGCUAUUUUGCACCUGACUGAGUUCCAUGCAGCAUACCUUGAGCAGAAAGCAUUCUUCAGUGAUGCGUGUGUGAGAGGCUUCUGUUUCAAUGCCAAGCUUCAGCAGCAACGGAAACCUGCCAGUGGAGAGAAGCUCCUGAAAGGAGAUAUGGAUGAGGCCUCAUUUGUGACAAGGUGCAGGUACUACGUGCCAAGGGCACUUUUCACCCAUGGGGAUAUUGGGGAAGACCUCCAAGCCAUCUCUGGCCUUCUCCAGCACCAAAUCACUCCUAACAGUGGAGAGCCACCCAGUGGUGGGCAGGGCUUUCACAGCAGAAAAAGUCAUCCCCAGUUGGACGAAUGUAAAAAAGCUGCCAGCUGCAACCACAAACUUGUUCAAUGUCAGGGUGUCUGCUCUGGAGAAGGUCUUUAUGAGUGUAGCAAAUGUGGGAAAGCAUUUGGACAAAUCUUUAACCUCAUUCAACAUAGAAGAGUUCACACUGGAGAAAAGCCAUAUGAGUGCAGUGUUUGUGGAAAAUGCUUUAACCGCAACUUUUUCCUUCUUCGACAUCAGAGUGUUCACACUGGAGAAAAGCCAUAUGAGUGCAGUGAUUGUGGGAAGUCCUUCAGCCAAAGGUCUAACCUCAUUCAACAUCAGAGAGUGCAUACUGGAGAAAGGCCAUAUGAGUGUACUAAUUGUGGAAAGUUCUUCAGCCAAAGCUCUACCCUCAUUCAACACCAGAAAAUUCAUACUGGAGAAAAGCCGUAUGAGUGCAGUGAUUGUGGGAAAUCUUUUAGACUACGCUCUCAUCUUAUUCAACACCGUCGAGUUCAUUCUGGUGAAAGGCCUUAUGACUGUGGUGAAUGUGGGAAAUCUUUUAGCGAUACCUCUAGCCUCAGUAGACACCAGAGAAUUCAUACUGGUGAAAAGCCACAUGAGUGUAGUGCUUGUGGGAAGUUCUUUACCCAAAGAUCUGCCCUCAUUCAACACCAGAUAAUUCAUACUGGAGAAAAGCCUUAUGAAUGUAAUGAAUGUGGAAAAUCCUUUAGAAAACGCUGUGAGCUUAUUCAACACCGUCCAGUUCAUUCUGGUGAAAAGCCUUAUGAGUGUGGUGAAUGUGGGAAGUUUUUUAGCAUUUACUCCAGCCUCUUUAGACACCAGAGAAUUCACACUGGAGAAAAGCCAUAUGAGUGUAGUGAAUGUGGGAAAUCCUUUGCACAACGCUCUUAUCUUAUUCAACACUGUCGAGUACAUUCUGGAGAAAAGCCUUAUGAGUGUGGUAAAUGUGGGAAAUACUUUAGCUAUACCUCUAACCUCAUUCAACAUCAGAGAGUUCACAGUGGAGAAAAUCUUUAAAUGUGCUGGGAAUUUUUUUUUUCACUUACUGUAAGAACACUGGAGGAGACGUUUUGAGAGCCACUUACCUAAAUUACAAUGUUUUAGUGAAACACUCAUACACUGUUCUAGAUUCCUCUUAGUUUUCAGGUACAAGCAAGGCUCAAAGCAGCUUUGUUGCACUUUGUAACCUGCCCAGGGCUAUUACCAGAUGAUGUCAGUGUCAGUUUUUGUGGCUGAAGCCAUUUCAUCUCUACCACCUGGCUCACCUACAUAUGUUUGUCAGUCACAACCCCAGUGUUCUCAGAGAUGACCUCUGUUCUCUCUUUUGCUUGAGAAAAUAGUGAAUACUCUGAUCCUAUGGUGAGAUCCUUAUUCUUUCCUGUCUGAGUAGGAAAUGGCCCUGACCCCAAUGUGGGUCCAAGAGACCCAUUUUUGGCUAACAAGGACUACUUCUUCCAGGGUCAUUGUUGUUCUCAUGUUAUACUGUGAUGAAUCUUUUAGGUUCUAAUUCAUGAAUAUGGAACCUGCUCACUGUACACUGCUCUGUUUAUGAUCUUUUUAUAAAGGUCUUUUUACUUUAGUGCCUUUAAUGUUUGUGGUUCAAUUCACUACAUAAGAUUGUUUGAAAGCAGAAUUGUGAUCUGUCAACAUGUGGAGGUGAACAGAUUUUGUGGGGAUCCCAGGCUCACUGUGCUUCAGCAUAACAGCAUUAUGGCAAAAAAUUGCUGUUCAGUAUUGAUUUAUUUUGUAUUGCUUCCCAAGGCAUUGAAAGAAAGACUGCAUGACUUUGUCCUAAUUUGCAUCCUGAUGCCCAGGUUAUUGGAGAGGUCAAAGGUCACUCAGAAGAGGCUUUUGUGCCUCUGUGAACAAUAUGAGUUACAUUUCUUUGCUCAACAUAUAUAUUAUGUAAUUUUCAGCAAUGAUGUGGAGACCUCCUCCCCAGGUCCUACAAAUGAGCCAUGUGUCAAUUAUGUAUGAAAUUUCAUACAUGGGUUGGUGUCAUUUGCUGUAAGACUCUGAGUGUUAGGUGGAAACACAACUGAGACAGAAAGACUGUAUUAACAGUGAGUGGGAGAGACUGCAGUAAAUUAGAUAGAAGUUGCCUCUUCUGAAAAUUCAUCCACAGAUGUUCCAGGGACUGUGGUUUAUGUGAUCUCUUUAUAUAGGCAUUUUGAGAACAUCCAUAACUGUUCCCCCUAGCUUAGGUCAUUGGCAGAGAAGAUAAUCUAAUGGUCUGUGGUCUUCUCCUAUCCUCUCUAGGGUGCUUGCUUCAAGGCUGUUGCUGUACAGGCAACAAAACAAAGCUAGAGAGAAGGACAAUCCUGUACUCAGUCCUAAGAUGUAUGCCUUGUGACCCAGUCAUCAUUCCUGAUGAUUGGAUGGCAACAGUCAUCACUGUUUGCCAGUAUUUGCUGCCACUGAGGCAAGGCUGCCACUCCUUGGACAUGAGGAGAGAGGUGGUAGAGUUCACAUAGUGUUGCCAAUCUAAUUUUCUAAGAAAAGGGGGAUAUCUGGGUCAUUAAUAGGAACCACUUUUUAAAGCUUUAUGCAGGUAUAUGUAUAAUUGACAUGCAACAAAGUGCACUUAUCUGAUGUGGACUGUUUGGUGAGCUUUGCCAUACUCAUAAAGCUGUGAAACUGUCACACUUGAAAAAGAACUUAUCUGUCACCCAUAAAAGUAGUUGUACAGUUUUGAGUACACAAAACAGAGUUUAUUCUUUUUUUUCCUCACCUACCCAUUAUACUUGCUACUUUACUUUCCUCUGAAAAAAAUACAGUGUUAUUUGGAGAAAUACAGAAUUAGUUGUCAGGAGUUGCUUUUGGAGAAUGAUCCGUAAGUGCCUUAUCUGUAGUCAGAUAUUGAUACAGGGAUCACCUCUGGCACAUUAAUCUUCAUACUUCCAGCUCUGUUAAUGUGAUUCAGCUUUUUAUUUUUGCUUCAUUUCGAAGGAUAGUUAUUGCUUUUUUGUAAUUCCUUUGAGGAUUGAAAAGUGGCCUUAACAAGUUUGUGAUAGAGACUGAGUAUAGUACUUCUGUUCCUUGUGAUAUUUUGCCUCCUGGCAUUCCCCUUUGGGGUGUCCCUUCAACCUGAAGGUGCCCUGUAAAUCCUCUCCUUCCUAGAUAAUGGACCCUGUAUUAGUCUGCUCGGGCUGCCAUAACAAAGUGCUUCACACUGGGCAGCUUAAACAACAGAGAUCUAUUUUCUCAUAUACUUGGAGGCUAGAAGUCAGGCCAAGAUGUCAGCAGAGUUGGAUUCUCCUGAGGCCUCUCUCCUUGGCUUGCAGAUGGCCAUCUUCUCUGUCCUCAUAUGGCCUUUUGCAUGUGUGUGUGUGUGUGUGUGUGUGUGUGUGUGUUGGACCUAACCUCUUCCUGUAAGGACACCAGCCUACCCUAUUGAUUAUUUUACCUUCAAAAGACCCUGUUUUCAAAUACAUUCUGGGGCAGUGGGGUUAGGACUUCAGUAUAUGGAUUUAUGUCAUGCAGUGCAGCCCAUAACAGUCCCCAGGCAUCUUUCCAUUAAGGAGCUCUCUGGAGGAUUAUCUCAUUUAACACCCCUGAAAUUAUCCAGCAAGGGAAUGAUUUAUUUAUGUAUACUUCUCAAAGGAGAGAUCUGCAGCUCAGAGAGGGUACUCAGCUGCAAGUGUGAGCAGGGAAACAUUUAUUGGACAAGCUGUGGGUCAGCUCACUUUGUUCCCUUGCAUCCUGCCCCUGAGGGAAAUAGCAGACUCCAGCCAGAAGCCCAGAUUCCUUUCCUGUGAUGUGGGACCAUGUAGAAACAACACCCUAAAAUCACCCAAGGCCCCAGGGCCCCUCCCACACACCCGCUGCACCUUCCCUGCAAACUCUUGCCCUCUUGUCCUCAUGGAAGGCUUCACCAUUGUGCUGGCAUCCCACACAGGGUCAUCAGUGCCACUCCAAACAACACUGGCCCUCACCAUGACAUAGAAUGAUUUGUGUUUAGAUCCUGUUGGUCUUCUAAUAUCACUGCAGGGUGUUCCCUCCCAUCAGUACCUCAGUACUGAGUGCCUCCCAGUAAUCACUGUCACUUUUGUGGACAUUGAAGACAUGCUGAAAGACUAAAGAAAGCUCAGUCUCUUUUUUCCACCCACCCCACAACAGGUGACCUUAGCCCUCCCUGACUGUUCCUCCCCACCCUUCUAGCUAAAAUGCAAAUCAAUGACUGACAAAGUGAAUCCCUAAGAACCUUCCCUUUCCCCCCUAGAGAACUAGACCAACCACUCCCUAACCUGGGCAGUAGAGCAGGAUGGUCCCAUUCUACAACCUGCACCUCUCACACAGGACAUGACAGCAUCUCACACCUGUCACACUGUCCCCAUGGUGUAUGUGAGGUGACUAGGCUGUGCUGAGUAUCAGUAUCAGAACUUUCUCACAGGGUCCCCAUCCAAUCUGAUACCUGACAUGUCUGUUUCCAGGCUGUGCUGCUAUACACUUGAUUUCAACAGUCACGACGUUUGUGUUUCCAGACGUGUCGCAUAGAAAUGACUUAUACUUGG